AUGUUUUAUUCAAACGAGACAAUGAAAGCGAAUUUGUAUUUUGUAACAUUUAGGUAUACUGUUCGAAAACUGACCCUAGGGACACUGGACAUUGUCCUUGAUGUUGGAGGUGUUUGCCUACAUUGCGUUACAUUGCAUAAACGUUUAUCCAACAUUAUUUCAGACUAUUGUGUUUGUCAAUCUACCCUACCGUUACUCUGCUUCCACAUUUAUAAAAUUUCACUGCAGACAAGCCAUAAACCUAUGAACAACAAUUUUACAGCAUUAUAA